AUGGAUUUCUUAAAAUCCGCUGUCGCCUCGGCGAUUUCUGGGGGGCCUCCUUUUCCAUACAGCUUUGGAGAUCGUGUAGACGUCGACGACUCGAUAUGGACACUAUAUAACGGUACACGAAGAGAAGAGGGCUCGAACUGCAGCAUAUUUUCUUUUGAUGUGCCCGCAAACAAAUCACUACUGCCUCUGGCAAGAAAUGCCGUCAAGAAACUGCGGACACUUCGACACCCAGGCGUCAUAAAAGUGCUUGACACAGUUGAGACCGAAUCAUACAUAUACGUUGCCACGGAGCGCUUGAUACCAUUGCGAUGGCACAUAAAGCGGAAGAGCAUGAGUGAGGAGACUAUAAAAUGGGGACUUUUUAGUAUAGCGCAAACCGUCAAGUUCAUCAACGACGAUGCCUCCUCGAUACAUGGGAGCCUCAAAGCCGCGUCCGUAUAUACCAGCGAGAGUGGAGAAUGGAAACUGGGUGGUUUUGAGGUGCUGAGCAGUCUAAAAGAUGACGAAGCAGUAAUAUACAGAUAUGGAAGCCUUGUGCCCGAAUCGGCCCGGUACAUGCCUCCUGAGCUGGCCAAAUCAGGCUGGGAAACCAUUAAAAAGAAUCCAGCAACGGCCCUCGACGCAUACAACUUCGGUAUACUGUUAAUUGAAACCUUCAAGGGUGAUUUCCUUGGCUCCGACCAGGUCGGCCAAACGAAGGGCAUCCCUUCGAACAUGCAACCGAGCUACAAACGACUCGUAAAUGCAAACCCAAAGUCUAGAUCUAGUGUCGCGCAUUUCUUAGAUCAAGGUCGAAGGGAUGGAGGAUUUUUGGAUACCCCUCUGAUCAAACUGACUGAGGGAGUUGACAGCAUUGGAAUGAAAUCCGAGAAUGAGAGAGAAGUGUUUUUGAGCGAUUUAGACCAACUGUCAGAUGAUUUCCCGGAAGAAUACUUCAAGAUGAAAAUCCUCCCCGAGCUGUUAAAAUCAGUGGAAUUUGGUGGAGGUGGCCCGAAGGUCUUCAGCGUCGUCAUGAAAAUCGCCCAGAAGCUAACAGAUGGGGAUUUCGACGCCAAAGUAACUCCAGCCGUAGUGCGGCUUUUCCAGAGUCCCGAUCGGGCUAUUCGAGUCUGCCUUUUGGACAAUCUACCUGUUAUGAUCGACCGCCUACCUCAAAAAAUUGUUAACGACAAAAUCUACCCGCAGAUGGUUACUGGUUUCACCGAUGUCGCCCCCCUUAUUCGCGAGCAAACCGUCAAAGCUGUUCUCACUAUAAUAACUAAGUUAUCUGACCGUACGAUUAACUCAGAUCUCCUCAAGCAGCUCGCUCGUACCUCCAACGAUGAGCAACCUGGUAUCCGCACCAACACAACAAUCUGUCUCGGGAAGAUUGCCCGCUCCCUCGGUGUGUCGACUCGCUCAAAAGUUCUCAUCGCAGCUUUCACGCGGUCGCUACGGGAUCCAUUCGUGCAUGCCCGAAACGCCGCUUUACAAGCACUAACGGCCACUGCCGAUUGUUUCACCGAUGAAGAUAUAGCGGGAAAGAUUUUACCCGCUGUGUGCCCGCUAUUACUAGAUAAAGAGAAAUUGGUGCGAGACCAGGCGAACAAGAGUGUAGAUACUUACCUCAGACAAGUCCGCAAGGCAGCGAGUCAGAUGCAAGACACCGUCCUCCCACCGCCAGCUUCGGACGCCGGCCGCUCGAACUCCAACUCCACUACCCCUCGCAUGGGCACACCCCAACCCAGCGAAGCUGCGUCAUGGACCGGCUGGGCAAUUUCCUCAUUCACGAAUAAAAUCUCCACAGCAGCGGGCGACAUCGAGCCAUCUUCUUCCUCCGCCAGUACCCUCGCCCUCCCCCCUCCAACACUAGAGACGAGAGCAGUAAGCGUUCCCGUUCGUGCCUCGGCCUCAGCAUCCGCCCUCCACCGCCAAGCCAUCACAUCCCCUCCACCAACCUCAACCCGCACCUACACGUCCUUCGCCUCCGCCUCCAACGCCGCAGAUUACUUCCAAGAUGCGGGCGACGCGAGUGAGGACGACUUCGAGGCCUGGGGCGACAUGGAUGACGAUGAGAUGGCGUUCAAGGACGCUGUGGAUGAGCAACCCAAGGCUCCUGCUAAGCCUACAGUUUCAGCAAAACCAUUCGAGGAUGACGGUGAGCCAGACUUUGCGGGCUGGCUAGCGGCGCAGGCGGGUAAGAAGACUGGCUCGAAGCCAUUGCCGAAGGGGCUUGCGAAGCCGGGGAGUGCAGGCGCGAGGCCUAAUGUGUUGGGCGCUGGGUCGAGGAAGGUGAGCGCGGCAGCGCCGGCGAAGCCUGUGGUGAAGAAGGUUAUUGAUACGAAGCCGGAAGAGGCGGGUGAUGAUGAUGGAUGGGGUGAUCGGUGGUAGAUAUUGUGGGGAUGAGUUUAUAUGGGCAGCUAGCGCAUGUAGGAUGCAUUGCUUGGCGUUCCUGGAUACCAUUUUGUUUGGCCAAGUCAUAUAGAUGUAUAGAAGGCGCUGAAUUUGAAUAUUUCACGCCACCCCCUUUUCCUAGAAUGAGAUUGACGGCCCAAGAGCAGUGAAGGUGUAUACUAGUCUAUAAACCAACAGGCAGCGUGGGAGGGCUAUUACUAUUGGCCUACUCAGUGUCACUACAUAGGGCUACUGACA